CACCACCGUCUUCCAGCUUAUUAAAAGCUCCUCCGCUACGCUCGCCGCCGCGGGGGUGGAAGCGGGUUAAUCCAGCACCGGAAUGACGUGAUCUCCCCCCGUUCGAUUCCAUCCAGUGCCCUCAUCACUGCAGGCUGCAAGCAGACGGCGGCCUUGAAAAAUCCGACCACCAUCCUCGCUCCGCAUCACUCAUUCCUCCGCCCGACACUCCCAAGCCCCACUCCACUGCCACCGACCGGUAGCGGCGCCACAAUGCGGCCGCCUACCCUCCUCCCGCUCGCCGCCGCCGCCCUCCUCGUCCUCGCCGCCGCCCCGACGCCCGCCGCCUCCCGCCACCACCGCCCCGCGCAGGCGGCGGACACCGAGACGCUCGACGUCGCCGCCUCCCUCUCCCGCGCCCGCGCCGCGCUCUCCACCGAUGCCGCCUCGCUGCACCAGUCCGCCGCCGCCGGGAAGCCGAAGCGCCGGUCCCCGCGGCCGCGGGAGGGCGCCUCCUCGCUCACGCUGCGGCUCCACGCGCGGGACUUCCUGCCCGGGGAGCAGGGCCGGCACGAGAGCUACCGGUCCCUGGUGCUGUCCCGCCUCCGCCGCGACGAGUCCCGCGCCGCGGCGGUGGCGGCGCGCGCGGCGCUGGCGGCGGACGGGGUGACGCGCAUGGACCUGCGCCCCGCCAACGCGUCGACGGUGUUCGCGGCCUCCGCGGCGGCGAUCCAGGGCCCCGUGGUGUCCGGCGUGGGGCAGGGCAGCGGCGAGUACUUCUCCCGCGUCGGGAUCGGCAGCCCCGCGCGGCAGCUGUACAUGGUGCUGGACACCGGCAGCGACGUCACCUGGGUGCAGUGCCAGCCCUGCGCCGACUGCUACCAGCAGACGGACCCCGUCUUCGACCCCUCCCUCUCCGCCUCCUACGCCGCCGUCUCCUGCGACUCCCCGCGCUGCCGGGACCUCGACACCGCCGCCUGCCGCAACGCCACGGGCGCCUGCCUCUACGAGGUGGCCUACGGCGACGGCUCCUACACCGUCGGCGACUUCGCCACCGAGACGCUCACGCUGGGGGACUCGCAGCCCGUCGGCAACGUCGCCAUCGGGUGCGGCCACGACAACGAGGGGCUCUUCGUCGGCGCCGCGGGGCUGCUCGCGCUCGGCGGGGGCCCGCUCUCCUUCCCGUCCCAGAUCUCCGCCACCACUUUCUCCUACUGCCUCGUGGACCGCGACUCCCCCGCCGCGUCCACGCUCCAGUUCGGGGACGGCGCCGCCGAGGCCGGCACCGUGACGGCCCCGCUCCUCCGCAGCCCGCGCACGAGCACCUUCUACUACGUCGCCAUGACCGGCAUCUCCGUGGGCGGGCAGCCGCUGUCCAUCCCGCCCUCCGCCUUCGCCAUGGACGCCGCCUCGGGGUCGGGCGGCGUCAUCGUCGACUCGGGCACCGCCGUCACGCGGCUCCAGGCCGCGGCCUACGCGGCGCUCCGCGACGCCUUCGCCCGGGGCACGCCGUCGCUGCCGCGCGCGCCCGGGGUGUCGCUGUUCGACACGUGCUACGACCUGUCGGGCCGGACGAGCGUGGAGGUGCCCGCGGUGGCGCUGCGGUUCGAGGGCGGCGGCGCGCUGCGGCUGCCGGCGAAGAACUACCUGAUCCCCGUGGACGGCGCCGGGACCUACUGCCUGGCGUUCGCGCCCACGAACGCCGCCGUGUCCAUCAUCGGGAACGUGCAGCAGCAGGGCACCCGCGUCAGCUUCGACACCGCCAAGGGCGCCGUCGGCUUCACGCCCAACAAGUGCUAGCCUGGCAGAGUGGCAGGGCAGGGCGAGCGCCCUCCCUGGCAGAGAGUAGUAUUAGUGGAGUGAUUAGUAGCGGAGGUAAUUAAUGUAAUGUUAUUUGGCGGGCCGGUUGUGGGGCCGGGAGGUGACGAGGAGGACCCACCAGGGGUCUCUGCGCUGCCGCUGCCGGUCUGGGGAGACGCGAAAGGCCAAGGCGAGGACAGCCUGGGCGGUGGGGUCCCGUGUUUUUCUCGGUCUUUGAGUAUGGAUGGGGUGCGUGCUUGCGUGUCGUCGGGCUUCCUUUGGGGUUGGGUGGGCAUGGGUGUGCAUGGAUGUGCGUGCGGGGAGCCGUGGCAUGACCAACUGCCUCUUGCCAUGGGGUGCUCCGGUUUAUUUAAAAUUUCAUCUCAUGUCCAGAAAAUGGAAGUUUCCAUCCCUCGGAAACA